GGAGGAGAGAACAGAAGUUGGCUAUUAAUGAGGACGAGGAGGACAGGUGAAGACGACCGGCAAGUGUUUUUAAUUUUUGUUUACAUGUGAUACAUGUGUUUGAUACACAUGUAUCCACAACGCGAAGGACUGAAGAAGAUGUUGUGCGUGUGGCUUAAGUGGACACUUUGCCUUCUCGGGCUCAUUACAAUGGGAACAAGCUCACCCGAACAUGUACCAGCUGAUUCUGAUUAUGGCAGCGAGUUCGGUUCCGGGAAGCUGCAGACAGAUGAGGUGAACAUUCUGAAGGAGUUUUUCAUUCAGGUGCCCAACAGUCCAAACACAUCCGUGAUUGUGGAGGAUGGCAGGUGUCCAAUCCUCCAGGUGGGGCAGUACUCCAGCUUGACUCUCCCGCUCAUGCAGCUCUUCCCCGAUAGGUUGACAGAUUUCAGUCUGCUGGUGCAGCUAAAGAGUCCUCAGCAAGUUGAGAGCAGCGUGUUCACCAUGCUGAGCCCUGACCACCAUAUUGUGCUGCAACUGCGAAUCAGUGCUAUCGCCAUUAUCCUCAUUUCAUCACAGCGGUGGCACUACGAGUUUCCCAUUGGCGGUCUCACUGAUGGAAAGUGGCAUUACGUGGCAGUCAGUGUUUCUGCACAGCGGCUGAAGAUAUUUGUCGACUGCACUCUGCUAGAAAGUGUGCCGUGGGUCUACCAAGAUUUGGGGAUCAGCACUGAUGGGCUCUUCUUCAUUGGAGGCAUCAUUGACGGCUUUGAGACUCCAUUUAAAGGGCAUCUGCGACAGUUUACCUUCCUUCAGGACAACCCAGAGGCUGCUCAGCAACACUGCAGCCACCACCCACCGCGGUGUGAUGAGGCCACCAUUAAACCUACAAGCUCCCGACACAACAAUGCUUUGGAGCAAAAUGUGCUACGGCGUCGAGGAGCCACUCGAGGAGAUGGGACUCUGCCUUCACGAACCAAUGGUAAAGGUUCAGUGGAUAUCUUUGUUGUGGAUGAAGACACUGAAUUAUUGGACCUGAUCUCGCCCAUGGGUGGACAAGUCAACCCUUCAUGGAAGCCUUUUCGAAACGAACAGAAGGAGAAGCCUGAUGUGCCGUCAAAGCAUUUGGACGACAACAUGACUACAGAUAAAAAGGUUGACCCCGGUGGGAGGACUUCCCCAACUUUCCCAGGCAAACCCUCGGAUAACAUUAUUCAUCUUGACGAUGGAAAUGACCCCAAAAAACCUUUUCCACCUAAAUUCUCCCUGAUACCCUUUAACUCUACCAAACAAAGGGAGGACGCUGAUGAAUGGGUCUCAACUACGCCUCAUUCUAUCUACCAAAGUCCAGUAGAUGAACAAGUUAGAUGGAUAACCAAAGAAAACACCUCGUACAUCCAUCAUCCUGCUAAGCACAAAGGGGAACUACCAAGUAAGAGCCAGUCUGGAACUAUUCCCAUCAGGUCUAAAGAUGGAGAUCUGGUUCUGGGCUCAGAUGGUAAACUGUAUCAUCUCAAAUCUGGACCACCAGGCAGAAUGGGUCCUCCUGGGCAGGAAGGUUUCCCCGGAGAACCUGGCUUGCUUGGGUUUAAAGGUGAUAAGGGAAAGAUCGGCCCUGAAGGGAGUCCGGGAAAAAGGGGUGAGCGAGGACCUCCAGGAACACCAGGUUUACCAACCCUUUACCUUUGGCGUAACACUGCCGAAGAAUGGGCUGCCUUCCAGAAAACUAAUUUCUACCAGUUGCUUCGUGCUGGUUGGCCUAGUAAUGAUGGUCCCGCUGGACCACCUGGUGAGAUCGGCAAGACUGGCAUGCAGGGCCCUCCUGGUGAACCGGGGGAACGUGGGCGACCAGGGAUGCCAGGAGAGAUGGGUGAGCGGGGACCGAGGGGCCCUCCAGGAAGAGCUGGGGCCCCAGGCAGAGAUGGGGAGGAUGGAGAGGAUGGUCAGCCUGGGUCACAUGGUAUUGAUGGGCCACAGGGACCGUGGGGCUACCGGGGUGAGCGAGGGUCUAAAGGGGAAAAAGGUGAUGAGGGUUUCAUGGGCCUAAAAGGUUCCAGGGGGGAAACUGGAGAACCAGGCGACAAGGGUUCUACAGGUUUACCGGGGCCACCUGGUCCUGUCGGGCUCAGGGGACCUCCUGGGAUUCGAGGUGGUUAUGGCCCAGACGGCCCGCUUGGACCCGAGGGGGAGCAUGGACUGGAUGGUCUUCUUGGUCCGCUGGGUCCACCGGGUGCACCGGGCAUUACAGGACACGUUGGUGCUCAAGGAGUUAAUGGCUCAAGGGGUGACAUAGGCCCUGCAGGCAGUGUUGGCCGCCAAGGCCCACAGGGGCCCCCAGGUUUGGAGGGGCAGAUGGGGCCUCCAGGACCCAGAGGUCUCCAAGGAACUCCAGGUCUCAGUGGUGCAGCCGGGCCGAAAGGAGAUCCUGGGCCGGUGGGUGUCAUGGGUGUACGGGGUGAACCCGGCUUUGAAGGGCAAGUGGGUGUACCAGGGCAGCCGGGUCCACCAGGUUUUCCAGGAGUGCCGGGUCCCUGUGGGCCAGAUGGAGAAAAGGGGAUUCCAGGACCUAAAGGAGAUAAGGGUGUGCAAGGAGCAGCUGGAGUCGGGGGUCCACAGGGAGAGAUGGGCCCCGCCGGACUUCCAGGUUACCUUGGGCUCAAGGGCCAGCCUGGCCCCAAAGGCACUGAGGGCGGGAAUGGUGAAACUGGUCUUCAGGGAGAACAGGGCAGUAGUGGACUAAAGGGAAACAGGGGACCGGAUGGCCGAAAUGGCAAGCGGGGACCCAGAGGGAACAAGGGUCGUCCGGGACAAAGGGGACACAGCGGCCAACCAGGACCAUCGGGUUCGGCGGGUAACCCUGGACCAGUGGGACCAGAAGGAAAGCCUGGUACACAGGGACCCAUGGGUGUGACUGGCCUUGUGGGUAAUACAGGGCCGAUGGGUUUUCAAGGAAUUUCUGGAGAAAGAGGACCUGAUGGACAACCAGGUUCUAUGGGGCCACAAGGGCCAUCAGGACCUCAGGGUAUGCCUGGAGACCCAGGAGAAACGGGUUUUACAGGGAAACCUGGCUUGGAGGGAUCACAGGGCCCAGUUGGCAUGUAUGGUAUCCCAGGUAACGUGGGCAUGCGUGGGCAUCCAGGUCCCAUCGGAGAGAGGGGAGAGACGGGUUUGCGAGGCUUGCCAGGGCCGGUUGGAAAGCCGGGGCCUCCGGGUCCACCAGGACAAGCUGGGGAGAAAGGAACUCAAGGACCAAGGGGUAGACCUGGCGGUGACGGUCCUAAAGGGAUUCAGGGGGCACAAGGUGCUACAGGGCCACCGGGUGACAAUGGAGCCACUGGGAAACCAGGACCCAGAGGAAGUAAUGGGCCCCCUGGACCUCAUGGCCCUCAAGGGCCAGCAGGAAUCUCAGGCCUUCAAGGUGCUGUUGGAUUAAUAGGAGAAGCGGGAGAACGAGGGGACAAGGGUUUACCUGGCGUAGGUGGUGAUGCUGGCCCUAUUGGACUUGAUGGCCAACAGGGCCUUCCAGGCCACACAGGGGAUGACGGACCACCAGGAGCCAAAGGAGACCCGGGAGACCCAGGACCUUUUGGAAAACCUGGUCCUCCAGGGUCGCUGGGAGAGAGAGGACUUGGGGGUCUAAAAGGAUUACAGGGACCACCAGGAUCCAUCGGUAACGAGGGAGAUGUCGGCCAUCCAGGUGAAGCAGGAGAUCCUGGUUCUAAAGGAAAUAAGGGUGAGGUUGGACUCCUGGGAUUCUCUGGUCCUGAAGGCAUCUGGGGAGAACUUGGAAAAAAUGGUGAAAGAGGCCCAAAGGGAGAGAAAGGCAACAUUGGAUUAAUAGGUGAACCAGGGUUUAUAGGUGAAGUGGGCCCUGCAGGUCUGAUGGGGUUAGAGGGAAGUACUGGAACUUCUGGACCCCUGGGGCCAAUAGGACUUCAGGGACAGAAGGGAGAGUCAGGAGAUACUGGAAUAACUGGACCUCCUGGGUCAAGAGGCCCUGUGGGAAUAGCUGGUGCACGGGGGGUCAGAGGAAACAGCGGCAAGCUGGGACCUCCCGGUCCACUAGGAGGGGUUGGACCUAAAGGUUACCAAGGAACUAAAGGGGAACCAGGACAACAAGGAAUGAAAGGAGAGCCAGGAGCUCCAGGACCACCAGGACAACAGGGAGAUGAAGGCUUGCCAGGCAUCCAAGGCCCCCCAGCUUUGUCUGGCAUUGAGGGGUCUCCUGGAGAAAUUGGACCUCAGGGGCCUCCAGGUCCCAUUGGGAAUCCUGGUGUGAAGGGAAGACCAGGAUCUGAUGGGAAACACGGCAUGAAAGGAGAGAAGGGAGAUGAUGGCGAGAUUGGUUCAGCGGGAAAGACGGGUCAAGUUGGGAGAAGGGGAAAACGAGGAAAAGCUGGAGUCAGAGGGAGCAGAGGCGCAAGAGGACCAAAAGGUGUGAAGGGGGAAACAGGACCACCAGGACACCUUAGCUGGCCAGGAACGAUCGGCAUACCUGGCUUACGUGGAGAGAUGGGGGAUCUCGGGGAGAAGGGGGAACAGACCACCAGGUGA